AAGAAGAGCAGCGACUGGGAGCCAGCAGACACAUACUGAUACGCAGCAGCGACCGUUGGAGGAGAGCGAGGAAAUAAUAAAAGAAUACACAGAGCACGGCUUUCUGGAAGGACGAUUCUGUUGAAUUAAUGCGUUUACAGUGUUUGGGGAGACCAAUGCAUGCGAUUUAUCGGCAAUAGACGCAGCGUGCAGACGGCCAGUCUGGUAGCUAUAAACAGUGAAGUGGUGGAGCACAGGAAAUACAGGAGUUACCUAGAGGGUCUCCUUCAGUCCACGUUUCAGUUGGCGCAAGAGAAAACUGCACAGAGCCAGAGAGAGAGAGAGACAAAGGAGAGGAGGACUGCGAGUCGCGUCUGCUCUUGGCAGCUGAUCCAGCAGCCUGAUCCUUAGUUUUGGCUGUUAUUUUGUUCCUGCAUUAGCUUUUUUUUUGACGAAUCGGUUCAUAUUUUAACUUAAAUGUGAGAGAUAACUGCUGUAAAAAGGAAAAAAAAGAAAACAUUACUAGCAAGAGUGUUUUAUUUUGUUUCACUGUCAAUUUCCAAGGUUGUUUUUGUUUGUUUUUUUUAUGUUUAACAACCAUUUUUGGCUGUGAGUAGCAGGAACUUCCAUUCUCCAAACUAUCGUCAAACUCCCUUCCUUUUCCUAGUUUGGACCUGAUAACCUGGUAUUCCUCAAGCACCUAAAACUGGCAGCUAUUCUUUUUGUGUCUGUGUGUUUGGGGAGCUCUGUGACCACAGCUUAAGCACCACUCAGCCUUCUAGUCACCUAAGCCUAACUAAAGCCAGCCAGCUCUAGCCUGGUCCAGCUUAGUCCAGCCUGCUCCGAUCAUCUGGACAGGAUACUCAGUUCUGUGUGGACGUGAGGAAUAUGACUGCUGAGACUCUUAACUUCGGCCCAGAAUGGCUUCGUGCACUGUCCAGUGGGGGGAGUGUGACGUCCCCUCCUCCUUCUCCCGCCAUGCCAAAGUACAAGCUGGCCGAGUACCGCUACGGCCGAGAAGAGAUGUUAGCACUUUAUGUCAAAGACAACAAGGUCCCAGAAGACAUGCAGGAUAAGGAGUUUGCUGCUAUUCUGCAAGAGGAGCCCAUGCAGCCACUGGCACUGGUGCCUCUCACUGAGGAGGAGCAGAGAAACUUCUCCAUGUCUGUGAACAGUGUGGCAGUGCUGAGGCUCAUGGGAAAGGGAGUGGGUGGGGCUGCCCCAGCUGGAGUGGUCCGAGGACGAGGGGCCACACGAGGCAGUCGAGGACGAGGUCGUGGUGAAGGUGGAUUCUACCAAAGAAGUAUUGAAGAUACGGAGGUGGGCUUUGGCCGCAGUGUCAGAGAGAUACACCGCAGCCAAAGCUGGGAUGAUCGGGGUGAGCGUCGAUUUGAGAAGCCGCUGCGCCGGGAGGUGGGGCGUCCUGGCUUUGAAGAGUCUGGGGGUCCCGGGGGUCCAGGGAGGAAAGAGUACACAAGGGCUGACAGCGAUAACUGGCGCACCCUCCGGGAGGAGCAGCAGGAGGAGGAGGAUGGGGACCCGGGCAACAGCUGGAGACUUACGGGAGCCCGCAGAGAUGAUGGCGGUCCUCGCUCAGCAGGCUGGCGGGACCAUGGAGGUCCAGGUGAGGGUCGGAGAAAGAAGUUUGAUUUUGAGUUCCGUCGACAUGGAGGCAGUGAUGGAUUGGAAGAUGACAGGGACGGCCUACCUGAGUGGUGUACAGAUGAGGAAGAUGGAGCAAUGGGAACUUUUGAUUCCUCUGGAGCAUUCAUGCCUAUGAAGAAGGGUGGCAAGGAGACCAUUUUGGAGGAAGAGUUGGAAUUCAAGGGGAUAGAGGAGGAGGAAGAGGAGGACACCCACAUUGAGAGGAAUGGUGCUGAAGCAGACAGGGACAUGGAGAGUAAAGAAUCUGUCUCUGCUGCAAUUGAUGUUGAGGUGAAGCCAGCAUCACCUUCCUCUUCUCCCCUAACUCACUGCACUCCUCCAUCGCUGGAGCCCCAACCCAGCAGCGCAGGCCCAGUGGUGGAUAGCACUCAGCUGAGCAACAGCAUCAGCCACCCUCUCAAGGUCAACAGCACACUUGGUGAAGACAUGUCUCCAGUUGGAGGCUCCAAGGCCCAGCAGAGCUCCAUUCCUGUCACCUCCUCAAACCUGCCUCCCCCACCUCCUUCCUCUGCUGCUCCACUCCUCCCUCCUCCUGGUGGAGACAUUGAGGACGAUGAAGGCAUGAAGCAUCUGCAGCAGGAAGCAGAGAAGAUGGUGGCAUCACUGCAAGACACCUCUUUGGAGGAGGAGUGUUUCACUCAGGCUCUGCAGCAGCAAGAGAGCAGGAACACAGCAGCCGCUUUGCCACUGACUCACGAGGCUGCUAUGAAGUGGUUUUAUAAAGACCCACAAGGAGAGAUCCAAGGUCCAUUUACCACCGUGGAAAUGUGUGAGUGGUUUCAGGCCGGCUACUUCACCAUGACCCUGCUGGUAAAGCGCGGCUGCGAUGAGGGCUUCCAACCUCUGGGGGAUGUCAUCAAGAUGUGGGGCCGUGUCCCCUUUGCCCCAGGGCCCUCCCCGCCGCCCCUGCUGGUGAGGCAGCCACCACCAGCGCAGCGCCCGCAGCCCGCCCGGGGUCCCACUGGGACUGGCAACCUGGACCAGGAGCGCCUGAAAAAGCAACAGGAGCUAGCAGCAGCAGCAGCUCUUUAUCAGCAGCUUCAACAGCAGCAGCUAUUUCAGAUCAUUAACAGGUGCAGUGAGCAGAGUAUGAUGCCUUCGAUGAACAGGUCGAUGUCAGUGCCAGAUACAGGGUCCAUGUGGGACAUGCAUACCUCAGCUUCACAGUCGUCAGGCGGUGAAGCCAGUCUUUGGGACAUAACAAUGAAUCCUUCUACUCAGGGUCCAACUCUAGAACAGCUUCAAAAGCUCCAACAGGAGAGGCGAGACGCUGAACUCAGGGCGAAACGGGAGGAGGAGGAGCAGCGUAAGCGGCGGGAGGAGAAGAGGAGGCAACAGGAGGAGCAGAAAAGGAGGGAAGAGGAGGAGAUUUUCAGGCGCAAGCAGUGCCGUCAGCAACAAGAACUUAUUAUGAAGUUGCUGCAACAGACCCCCCAGCAGCAGGGUCCAGGGGCAGGCAGCUCAGGCUGGAGCGGGGCUCCCUCUGGGCUCAGCAAGGCAGGAAAACCCCAGACUCUGCUGGAAAUGCACCAGGAAACCGAGAGACUCCUAAAGCAGCAACAGCAGCAGAGAGCCCAGCGAGACCGGCAUUCUGGCCUGUCAAUGGGGAGUUCCUCCCUGGGAGGGCAGUGGGUGGAUGGUGUGGGAAUGUGGGGCGGGCCUGGAGGUAUGGAUGGUAAAGGCAGCAGUGGAGGCUCCUCAGGCAGCAUGGGCAUGUGGGACGAGGCUGUGAAGAACCAAUCCAGCCUGCGUGGCAGCAGCAACAACAACAUGGGCUUGAAGAACAGCCGCAGUAGCCCCUCUCUCAGCAGUCAUCCUUACAUGAUGCGCAAACGGACAGAGGAGGAAGAGAAGCUGCUGAAGCUGCUGCAGGGCAUGAAGCAGGAUGGCUUCACUACCUGGUGUGAACAGAUGCUGCAUGCUCUCAACACCUCUGCCAACAACUCCUCCUCCUCUCUGGAUGUUGCUACAAUAGUGGCAUACCUGAAGGAGGUGGAGUCUCCCUAUGCAGUGCUGGACUUCAUCCGGUCCUACCUAGGGGACACUGUGGAAGCCAAAGAAUUCGCCAAACAGUUUCUGGAGCGACGUGCCAAACAGAAAGCCAACCAACAGAGACAGCAGCAGCAGUUAUCAAAGGAAGUGGCUGGAUUGAACAUGAACUUCCCUCUGCAGGACUCAAUGCGAGGUAUGAAUCCAAGCACCCUGCAGUCCAUGUUUCAAGCCAACCACAUGAGCAAGGCUGGUCUCUAUGACAACCAGGGGGGAAAGAUGAAGAAAAAACAGCCCAUGAUGCUGCACUCUGACCCCAGCAUCUUAGGGUACUCAUUCCACAACGCAGGCGAGUGUCUGAGCCUGAAUGAGAUGGAGAUGGUGGAGGAUUACUGAUGUGACGCAGCGCAGCAGCAAUAGCUACCUGAGGCCUUCUUGUCUUUUAAUCAGACAAACCUGAUGACGAAUGUGCACUGCUGGGGAAACCAGGGGAGUGUGGGCAGGAAAGGAGCAAGUAUGAGGGGAGGUGCAGGGUGGAGGUGACUAUAUCUGCACCUCCCACUCUUUCCCUCUCUCUGGAAAGAAAUCGAGGGCUCCUUGCUACAUAAGUUAAUCACUUAAGCAGGGGGUUAAUAAGGGUGAGGUUAAAAGGAAGAUGGGUAUCCUCUGGCACUCAAAAGAUUAAGCACCUUAUACUGAAGUAAUGCACUUUAUUGAGAUGGGAUUUGAAUAGUUUUGUUUUUUUUUCUGUGUGCAUGUGUGUUCGGCAGCAGCGCUCAUGUGGUGUCUGUGUGUGUUAACACAGUAUCCAUGUGCAUGUGCAGCGAACUGGAAGAGGGUGGUAAACCAGUUUGUAGGGUGAAUGGUCGGGCUGUUAGGUUUUCAAAGUCAGGGGGACCUUUAGUUGAAACCUUAUCAGAGAGCAAAUCCUUUCUCGAAAGACAAACACUGUUGAUAUUUCUCUUGUUUAGCAUUUUUUACGUUUAUAUAAAAGUAAAGCUAUUGAAAAUGGAUUAUAAAAACUUGAAGAUUUGCACUUGCCUAUAUAAAUGACAAAAACAACAAAAAAAUCCAACAAAUGGGGUUUAGUUAUAGAAGUGAAUAUUUUGUGAAUGUGUAUGAAUGACUGGGAGAGUGACUGAUGUGUGAUGCUUGGUUUAUUUCAGUGAUUAUACCAGUCUGCACAAUGUUGUUGUUUUUUUUCUUUUUUUUUUGUUGCUUACCAAGAUGUAUGAAACAUAAGAGGCCAUUUUUGUCUUUUAUUCAAAUAGUUUUAGUUAAUUUUGUAUUCUCAUUUUGAGAGCGUGUGUGUGUGUGUCCCUUCUCCAAACAGGGACAUUUGAGUGUGAAUGACAGAGAGGGAGGACGAGAGAAGGCAAUUGCACAACACAUCCUUUCUCUCACCAGCUCUUCAUCCCCAUAAACGAAAUAGAAAUGCAUACAUUUGUAAAUGUUAGCUUUGCGUUCGUCACAUGACGGCCGCUACUAUUUUGUUUCCCUCAGCUUCUCCCCAUGGGGACCUGUCUCGACUAGCAGACAGGGCGAAUCAUGAGGGGCAUUACUGUGUGUGCAUCACAUUGAGACUGUGUGUGUGUGUGUGUGUGCGCGUGUGCAUGUGUUGAGAGUGCAUGUUAAUUUACAGUUCAUAGAAAUGAGUUAAGACUACAGGUACUCAUUUUGAAUACAUGUGCUUUUUUGUAUGUGUAUGAAUGCACAUUUGUGCCUAAGAACUUGGAUAAGGUGUGUGGCCAUUGAGACAUUAACUCUUUUUUUGAGAGCGAGUGUGAUGUGUCAGUGCUCAGCACAGUGUAUGUAAAGUAUGUAAGUUUAUAUCGUAAAUAAUUCUAGUUCAGUCUAGGGGUGAUCCAUCAGAGGGUUAGUCCAGUCUGUUUUCCUGGGGUGUGAUCACGUUGCCUUUUGUCAGCUCUCGAACUUGUGAAUGAAAGGUGUCGAGUUUCUGACUCUGAAAAAAAUAUAUAGCAUCUUAAUGUGCAGCUGCACAGAACGGUGCAUGAAAUGUUAGCAUAUUGUGUUACUUAUUCGUUGUUGCAAUUUGAUAAUGACGAGUUUCUUUUUUUAUGGAAAAUAUAUAUGAAUAUAUACAUUAUAUACAAAGUUUAAAAGUAUUUCAACUAAGAUAAUGAGCACUUGGGGCUGCUAUUUUUGUUUUUAAUUUUCUUUUUCCUCAAUUUGUUUUUCAUUUUUGUUUCAUUAUCGCCAUGUGAAGUGUGUGUAUUAUUUCUUUCUUAAGAAAACAUUGAAUGUAUUCCAAAAAACGACAAGAAACCUGUGCUGAUACCAGAUUUUUUUGUUUUUCCUCAGAAGAUUUCAAAAAUGGAAACAAAAUACAAAAAAAGCGUCAGAGUUUAGAGAGUUUUGUUUUUUUAUUUACACAGUAGAGAAGGAAAAAAAAACUUGGAAUGGAUACAGUUGAACACACUGCCUCUACAAUCCUGGUCGUACAAAUAGUGACUAAGAUUUCAAAGAAAGAACUCUUUCUAUUCCAUACUGGAGCUUUGGUUGUUUACAAGCCACAUGGAUAUCUGUGGGUGCAGUUUUUUUUCCGUUUUUUAUUUUUUGUUCCCACAAAAUGGGUGGGGUUUGCAAGUGCGCUUCUGCCAUAAGGACAUUGAGUGUUUGUUUUUUGUUGUUGUUUUUUUGAGAAAAAGUGGCAGGCUUCACAAUAACAUGGACACGAUCAUUUAACUGGACGUCUUGGGUGGGCGUGGAUCUUGAAACUUGAUCAACCGUGGAGGCAGGAGAAUCAAGGAUCCACUCUGUUUUACACAGAACAGAGUGCAGGGCUGCAUAACCAUAGAGGGAACUGAGAAGGCGAUAUAAGUACACCUGCUUUAGUGCACUUGUCUUCACCUCAACCCUCAUAAGCACUCACACCCUGCCCUCACCAACUCACCUAUGCACUUUUGUUCAUUCAAGCUGUGAGGUACCAUUUUGGGGAUGGGAGCACAAUUACACCAGGAGGAUUGCUACGACUUUGAAACAGUCAUGGAAAAGAGAUUCCCAAACUGAAAAAAAAAGACUUGAGAAGCCUGUCUUCUCCCACCUCCUGUAUAUAACCAUAUUUUUGUAUUACCUUUAAAAGUAGAAAGAAAAUUUGCGAAUGGAUGAAGGAAAAAUUCAUGAGACAAUGAUAAUAUGGAGUGAAUGUUCUUCAUGAAAACAAAUGUUUUUGAAUAUAGUUUGAGACUUGCUAUAAUUUGCCAGUGUCCCCAACAUAAUUUGGGGGUUGGAGGGGAUGACCACAUCGAAAAUGGAGGUGGAUGGACAUGCUACAGUGGCUCCAAGACUGAGUUGUUUAGCAAACUGGACGUCACAAUGGCUACAAAGAGUGUUUGAUCAAGAUAUGCAGUGAAGAGGCAGACAUGGCAAAGAGCUGUUGGAAAGGAUAAUUCCACUUCAAAUCACUUCCAACCUGACAACUGCCUUGGAGCUGUACAGUAAUACAGGACAAAAUCGAGUCACAUUGGUGUUGGCUGUGCUUCAUUUGCUGCCCUCCGUAAGGAGGAUCUUAUCUACAGUCAACCCAUUAACCAGUUGAUUCUAUACCUGUCCAUUGAACUAAAACCCUAAGAAACAUUUCUGUCUUGACCUCGGAAUGGACUGGCCAUUGGCAUUAUCAGUUGGACAGUAACCAAAUGAAGUUACAAGUUUACUGGCUGUGGAUUCCAUCUGUGUUGGAAGAAGAGUAACACGCUGCCCAGAUGUUGUCAUCCACUCCAUCCUGACCCAACUCUGGGGUCAUUGCAUGGAGGCCUUCUAACCAGCUGGAUACUCCCAACAAGACAUCGGAGACAAAGAAAUGGGGUUGGAUUUUUGGUGAACAUGGCUAGAUGAUAUCUAACCCACCAACUGUGGAAUUGGAUGAACAGAGAGAAUUGUACAAACAAAGACUUGACAGAACACCUACAUGAAACAAAACAUGGAUACACUUCACAUACAUUCUCGAGUUCAAAGGAGUGGCAGACACACUACAUGCACACCUGCAGCAAAGGCAACCUAAACUCAGUUACAAUGGCUCUCCCACGGAACCACAGCUGCACACAUAACAGGGCUACAUCAAUCAUACAAGAAUUUUACAGACACACACACAAGCAUCAUUGCUCAUCAGUAUAAAUCAAAUGAGCUGUGUAAAUAAUGUAAAACUUUGUGCUUUGAUUUUGCUUGUAGUGGGUUUUGCUUUAAUUCUGUUCAACAUGCCUUAAAUUGUAUAAAUCAGUCCUGAACGGCUAAAAUGUUCUCAAAAUGAUGACCUUAAGUUGGAAACCACCUUGUUUACUAUGUUCUAAAGUUUAAGGUUGAUUUCUGCUGGCUAACAGAACAAUGUUCUGUAUUAACCUGAUAAAUGUACAUCUAAUUACCAUGAAAGUUACUAGUUAGCUACAGAAUAGAGGGUGUUUUUCUGCUGGUGGUUACCUUUUGUUGCCCUUUUGGGUUUCUUAGUAUGAAGAGUGGAUUUGUUCUAAUUUCCUGUUUUGAUUAUUGGUAAAGGUGCAGGCUCAAUAAAGGGCUGAAGCCUGUGUCAUUUGGAGCUGAGCUGUCUAUUGGGGUGAGACACAAAGCAUUGGCCUAAAGGACCGUGAGAUAAAUGUUUUUGGACAUGUUGCUUCAAGCAAAAUGCAUCCUUCUUGAUCAGGUUCUCUUCAAACUGACAAACAAGUUUGAGCUCUUUGCUUUAUUUUACACUCCCGAGAUUUAAUGUAUUGGGAAAUACAGGGUGCUUUAUUAAUAUUUUUUUUAGUGUUGAGAUGAUGACUCAGGCUUAUAUAAGGAGCAUGAGUGUUAAAGCAAGCUUACACAAUUUUGUAAUAUUUGUGGGUUUUGACACUAACACCCCUGCAUCUGGUAGUGCUGCUGAGCUUCUCUGAUCGCACUGAAUAGAUAAGGAAUCUACAACACAAUCAGCUGUGUUGUAGAAAAGAAAAUCGAGGUCUGUGUGCAGCAUCUUGUUCUAGGUGUUUAUAUCUAAAUGGUGUUGCAAGAUUAGUGCUUUUAAUCAAUCUGUAGUUUAUAUCCCUGCUUAUUAAACCAGAUACAGAUUUUAAUCCUAGCAGCAACUGAUGUCAGCUUAGCUUUAUUGGUACAUUUUGCUGAGCUGAGGGUUUUUGUGGUUAUUCAUCUGCCAUAGCUAAAAAAGUAACUACACUAGGCUCAAGGGCAUAACUGUAGAAUUGAUAAUAAAUAUGAAGAUGGUUUAAAAGAUUGUUGCUAAAACUUGACUUUAAUUAUGGCUAAAAUUAUCAGGUCUCGUUUGUAACUGUCCUUUACUUAUGCUUGACAUUUUUAAACACUUAUUAGUUGUCUUUCAUGUUUAAACCAGUUGUUUUCUUUUGUUUUACUGAACUACGAAGGCUUUUAUGAUCAGGUAACAGCUUGUAUUUUCAAAAAGCCCUGGAUUCUUGUUUGCUUUUUUUUUAGUUGGUGUUGUUGAAAAGAUCCUGUCACAGCCUGCCCCUAAUAAUUGUUUCGAAGCUGAUCAUCCGGUUCUUGGUAGCUCUGGUUGUAGCAGUUCCAGCAGCGCUGGCCAGGAAAAAAAGGUCUACCCCAGUCAGCUCAGCUCCUUUUGCUUCAUAUGUCUUGAAUGUUGUUAAAGUAACAGCAUACACGUAAUUAAACUGUUUUGGAAAAGAACAACUGAAAGAUGUGUAAAUAGCUUGGCUUUUUUGUUUGAAGAACAAAAUAAAUACUAAAUAAAUAGCAUUUAGCAGGUA